AUGAUUUGAGAGGUUUUAAACAACGAAGUAGACAGGAUUACAUAUGAAGCCAUGAAUAUUGCUCCCUUGCUUCUUCAUCACCCAUAUCUUUUUCCCCCUCUUUUUGCUUCUCAUUCACGAUAUUUACAAAACUGACCAAUCAAGCAAGGCUUAGCAAAGGGCCCAUGAACAUUGCUUGCAGGCCACCCUUCUGCGUUUUCGAACUUGUCAUCUUUCUCGUGUUUUUUGUCAUCACUCUUCACAACUUUAACCGUUAGAGAGAUACCCUGUUACCCAGAUUCCAUAACUUGAAUGUCUUCUAAGAGGUCCCCACAACAAUACGUGGAAGCCAUGCCUGUGUUUGAGAGGGUGAAGCGUUUAAGGUUGUUCGAACCGUCUCUGGGUGUUACUGGUUUUUUUCUAGUAACUGCUUUUGUUAUAUUCAGUUUCUUCUACUUGGAUUAUAGAGAACUCGCUGGAAGGUUUAUGUUGUCGGGUCAAUCUCAAAGGUUUAUUUGGUCGCAACAGAAGAGAGGUUCAGCAGAGGAACAUGUAGAGAGGGUUGAAUUUCUUGGAGAAAAGGGUGGUGGGUGUGAUUUGUUUGAGGGUAACUGGGUUUGGGAUGAAAGUUACCCGUUGUAUCAGUCAAAAGAUUGCAACUUUCUCGAUGGGGGAUUUCGGUGUUCUGAGAAUGGAAGGCCUGAUUUGUUCUACACAAAGUGGAGAUGGCAACCUAAAGAUUGCAACUUGCCCAGAUUCAAUGCAACAACGAUGUUGGAAAAACUGCGAAACAAGCGCCUAGUGUUUGCUGGGGACUCAAUUGGGAGAAACCAAUGGGAAUCACUAUUAUGCAUGCUCUCUUCUGGUGUUCCUAACAAGGACUCAAUCUAUGAAGUGAAUGGUAGCCCAAUCACAAAGCACAAGGGGUUUUUGGUAUUCAGAUUCAAGGAUUUUAACUGUACUGUGGAAUACUAUAGAGCUCCAUUUCUUGUAUUGCAAAGCCGGCCUCCUACUGGAACAAUUGGAAAGGUUAGAACAACCCUGAAAUUGGAUAAAAUGGAUUGGAACUCUUUGAAAUGGAGAGAUGCUGAUGUCCUGGUUCUUAACACAGGACACUGGUGGAAUCAUGAGAAAACCAUUAGAGGGGGUUGUUAUUUCCAAGAAGGUAUGGAAGUCAAGUUUGAAAUGAAGGUGGAAGAAGCGUAUAAGAGGUCCAUUGAGACAGUAUUGAACUGGAUGCAAAAUACAGUAAAUCCUAGCAAGACUCAAGUUUUCUUUCGUACUUAUGCCCCUGUGCAUUUCAGAGGUGGAGCUUGGAGAAAAGGUGGGAACUGUCAUUUGGAAACGCUGCCAGAGCUUGGGUCCUCAUUGGUGCCUAAUGAUAACUGGUCACAAUUCAAAAUAGCCAAUUCAGUGUUUUUAGCACACAAAAACACCUCACAAGUUUUGAAGUUCAAGGUAUUGAAUGUAACUCAGAUGACAGCUCAGAGAAAAGAUGGGCAUUCUUCUAUCUAUUAUCUGGGUCCUGAUGCGGGCCCCGCACCUUUCCAUCGCCAAGAUUGCAGCCACUGGUGUCUGCCUGGUGUACCUGAUACUUGGAAUCAGUUACUCUAUGCAUUGUUCCUUAAAUAUGCAACUUCUCAUAGAUCAUAGCCAUGAUUUUAUUUAUCAUGCAAUGGAUAAUAUACCAAUUCUUUCCUACAAGUGUCAUAGCGACGACAAUGCAUGACAUUUGUUUCAGCAGAUUUGCAUUAAGAACGAAGGUCUUUGUGAUAAUUACUUAUCUUAAGAAGUCCAACACGGCAACAACCGUGAAUGCUGCGGGUUUGCUUAUGUAUUCUCGUUACUGGUUAGGUUAGAUUAGGGAAUCAGCAAUGAUAUUCUGUAAUUAUCAAUUUUUGUUGUUCGUUGAAUUGUGAAUAUAGUUUUGAUACCAAUUAGAAUUAUUCAUUUUAUAGUUUU